AAACUCCUCGGCCGGCGGCGAGAAAAAGGAAGGCAAAUGUGUGCAUAAGCGCCGUCCGAUAUUGAGAACGCUGAUUUCAGAUAAACAAACACACCCUAGAAAAUGUAACAAUGCAUGUUGCAAUGAGAGUCUUUAAAGCAGGAACGAGACAUGGUUUAAUUGUUGGCUUCUGGUGGAUUGGAGAUGCUCUUUGCCUUGGGGUUGAAGUGGCUCACAAGUAGGGAGUACGGCCUUAUUGUGCAGUUUACAAGUAGAAUGACCUUGAUGUGCCUUAAUUAUAAAUAUAGAAAUACUAUAUAUACUAUCAACCCUGAUGAGUUAAAUGUUCUAGUUUUCCAGGUGCAGGCUCUUCCAGUUGUGUAUCUCAAGCAAGAAGUAGAAACUUUGGUGCCUGCUUGGUUAAAUGCCCUUGGUGGUGCAGCCUCAGAUUAUCUGGAGCAAGAGCCGCAACAGGGUGACGGUAAUGGGGUAAAGAGAGUGAUUAUGGACAUAUGCAAGGGAAGGAUGGGAGAGUUCUGAAGCGUUUAGUCUGCUGAUGGUUAUUGCAACAUCCCAAAUUUAACUUGAUUGCUGCUUGUAUAUAUUGAAACUUGGAGUUGAUUCUGCCUGCAGAGCGUUUCUUGCAAAAUGAUGGCUUGUUUUCAUUCUUGCUCAUUGCUGGGAGGCUUGAGUUGGAGAGUGUGCUCGCUAUCUCCCAAGUGUAACAAGAGUCUCUUGUACAGCAUGGUACCCUCUCCAUUACUCCAGAAUCAAAUUAGGAUAUUCAUUUUUGCGCAAGCCUUACAAUAUGGUAAAACUUAAUUUUGAGAUUAAUACGAAAGCUAUUGUUGAUUACAGUAAUAAUCAUUUUUAGUAAGACCAGAUAUAUAGCAGCUACAUUUUCAAUUGUAAGUUAGAAAGGUGCAAAUCAGCUCCUGAACUUGUACGGUGGUGGUGGAUUUGACCUUUUAUUAUUAUUUUGAACUGGGAAAGACAUUUUGGCUCGUUAAUUUUGAAAUGAGAUUAUUGUUUUAUUGUUUUAUUGUUUUAUCCUUCAUAAACGUUUUAGCAACGUCUCUAGCAUUAUUAAUCAAAGUAAUUAGCAUUU